AUGUCAACGAACCGCUACUCGUCCUUAAAUCGGCGCGCCGCCCCAGCCUCGUCGGCCCUCUUUCAAGACUACCCCGGCUCGCGCCCAUCCUCCUCAUCCUCCGGGCAGAGGCCCAGCAGCUAUGCCUAUCCGACCUCACAACCAGCGAAUUCCUCUUCACCGUACCUGACACCGUACUCGUCCACAAACGGCCACAGCACGCCGCAGAGGCCGUCUUCGGGGUUUCGUCCCGCGACGCCCAACUCCAAGGGUCAAUAUUCCGCCUCGGUUCUGGAAGAACUCGAGUCUCAGAAUGAAAUCACCCAGACCACACUCCUGAGCCAAAAGGUGUCGCAGUUGAAGUCCCUCACUGUCGCCAUCGGCGAUGAAAUCCGCGACUCGUCCCAACUUGCGCAGUCGAUUAACGAUACCUUUGAGAAUACGGGCGUCAGGUUACGGGGCACGAUGAGGAGGAUGCUGCGCAUGGCAGAGCGGACUGGGGUGGGGUGGAGAGUGUGGGUGUUGUUUUUCAUCGCCGUGUGGGCUCUGUUUGCCUACGUGUGGCUAUUCUGA